AUGGAUAGUCAGUGGCAUAUUCGACAACAAGUAGAAUUUUUGUCUUCACCUACAUCGAUUCACUAUCAUAGAAUUGAAAAAUAUUCAUCGAUUGUUGAUGGUGUUCGACGUAUAAGACGGGUUUUAGGCGGUGAUCAUCAAUCAGAGAAUGAACGAUUACUUCGAGCAUGUUGCCGAAAUGACAUCGAUGCUGUACGAUGGUUGUUCGAUAAUAUUGAUACUGAUUCAUUAGAUUUAAAAACAGGAAUAAAUCGAUCAGCAUUGCAUGAAGCUGUUUUAAAUCGUGAUGGCCGACCCCUCGUUCGACUUCUAUUUCAAUAUGGAGCUGAUCCGAAACAACGUGAUUCAUUAGGUCGUACACCUAUUCAUUAUGCAGCUAGUUGUGGUCAUAUAGAUAUAAUGAUUGAUCUUAUUGAUUUUUCAAGAGUUUCAGUAUCAACAUUAAUUGAUAUUGACGGUCGUUGUCCAUUAAUGUAUGCUUGUGGUGAGGGUCACUUAUAUGUUUGUCAAUGGUUAGUUGAACAUGGAUAUGCUGAUUAUCAUCGAAAAGAUGAUCGAGGUCGUUCGUGCAUUGCUUAUGCAUCUCGAGCUGGUCAUGCUGAAAUUGUCGAAUGGUUUCUAUCGAUAUUACCUCCAGAAUCAACAAAUACGGGAUGGCAUCCACUACAUUAUGCGUGUUCAGCUGGACAUUUAGAUGUUGUUAAAGUUCUUUUACAAUACGAUCAACAUUGUGGACAUGUUAUAACACAUAGUGGCCAUUCUGCAUUAUUUAUGGCCAUGCAUUCAACUAAAAAUACUAUUGAAAUGGUGAAAUGCCUACUGGAUUCGAAUUCAUCACUUGAAUUAACAUCACAAGAUAUUCACGAUUUAGAUUGUGACAAAUCCUUAAUUCUCUUGUUUGCUCAACGUCGUCAUUCGUUUUAUUUUUUAUUUGCAAUUAUUGAAAAAAUGUAUUAUCCAUUAUCACUUAUUCGUCUUCUGCUAUUAAGUGAACAUAACUAUUUCAACAUUUUCGAAAUCCAUUGA